AAAAACUCAAAAAAACAAAAAACAGAAAAGGAUAAAAUUAAAAACGUUGAGUGUUCUCUGGCUUAGCUAAACGAACAUCUGGAUCAAAUUAGGGCACAAGACUUGUCGGAGAGAGAAGCCAUGGGAAGAAGAAAAGUGGAGAUCAAACGAAUUGAGAACAAAAGUAGUCGACAAGUCUCUUUCUGUAAAAGACGAAAUGGUCUCAUGGAGAAAGCUCGUCAGCUCUCAAUUCUCUGUGAUUCUUCCGUCGCUCUUCUCAUCGUCUCCUCUACAGGAAAACUCUACAGCUCCUCCUCCGGCGAUAGCAUGGCCAAGAUCCUCAAGCGUUAUGAAAUACAACAUGCUGAUGAACUUAAAACCUUGGGUCUUGCAGAAAAAACUAGGAAUUAUCUUUCACAUAAGGAGUUACUGGAAAUAGUCCAAUGCAAGCUUGAAGAAACGAAUGGCGAUAAUAUAAGCAUAGAGUCUCUAAUUUCCCUGGAAGAGCAGUUCAAGACUGCUCUGUCUGUAACUAGAGCUAGGAAGAACGAGCUAAUGAUGGAGCUUGUGAAGACCCUUCAAGAAAAGGAGAAGAUGUUGAGAGCAGAGAACCAGGUUUUGGUUAGCCAGCUAACAAAGGUUUCUUACAGAUGGAGGGGAAAAGGUUUUUGGAAACAGAGUAUGAGAGAGCAAUGUCACCGGAAAAUAGCUCCGGCAACAAUCCUCCGGAGACUCUCCCGCUUCUCAAAUAACCAGCAUCAUCAGAUUUUUCACCAUCCUGAAUCAGAAAUAAAAAUGUAUUAAAGAAAAAAUCAGAUUUGUAAAUCAUAAAUGAAGAAGCUUCAUAACAUAUCUCAAAUCCUCUUCUUCCCCUGAUACGGAAAAGUUUUAAGAAAAAAACUGAUCCAAGGGAAAGCAUUAAAAUUAAAUAAAGUAUCGAUCUUUGUUGUUACCUUCGGAGAGAGAAUCACAGUUUUAUAAGUUUUGUGUUUUGUUGUCUGGAAGUAGGAAUUGCUGAGUUUAUAAUGUAGUUUUGAUU